AGGUUCCUGCCUGGAGGAUUUCGUGAUCCCCUGCUACUAGACACGGAAGCCUGUUAAGCGAAAGCUUCUUCUAUUCCAUCCACAACCAUUUGAACCAUUUGAACCAUUUGAUCUUUUGAACCAUCUGAACCAUCCAAAACCAGUUGAGGUUUGUCCGGAGCGGUUUUCGCACAUAGCGUUACGUACACUUCUUAUUUAUGAUAAUAUGUCUACACGUAAUCCAUCCCCACCUCCAGAUUAUGACGGAAAUGCCAAACAACUUGAUAUGAUAGGUGACACAACUUACAGCAGACGUUGGCUUUUCUCGUUGUUAAUUAAACUUCUGGAAAAGGUUAAUAGUGAAACCUCUGCAACUUGGCUAAGUUCCGACGAAGAUCCCUCUCGUAAGGAGUCAGAAACUGAACUGGAGGAACAGCUGUGCUGUCUGUGGGAUCUAACUGUCAAUCGUGAUGUUCUGAAAUUUCUCGACGAGUUUGAAAUCGUCUCAAUAUUUAACAAUGCUCUGGGGAGUGUCCAAAACCCCAGGUUACUGGAAAUUAUAGUAGGAAUUUUGGGAAAUCUAGCUUAUGAUCCACUUGCCUGCCGUAAAAUGAGUGAAAGUGAAUCGUUUAUUGUCCGUGUAAUAAACUUGCUUUACACAAGAGAUACGCCUGCACUAAUUGAAACAUGCAGACUAAUUCAAACUGUGCUUGCUUCAGAUGAAUAUAGAACACCUUGGUUAAAUGAAAUCCGAUUUCAGCCAGAGUUUUUUGAAAAUGUGCUUUUUAUUUUGAAAAGCUCAACCAAUGCCACACUUUUAAUAGGUACAGUACGUCUCAUUGACGUCAUUACACGUGAAGAUGACAGUUUAGCUGAGGUUUGGUGUGGUGAGCAUCUGCUUACUGCUAUAUUAAUAGCCCAGCACCAAAUGAAGUGGCUUUAUGGCAGUGAAGUAGAAAUCAUUCAUCGUCUACUUUAUACACUUUCCUCUAAUGUAAAUGGUGUGUCAGCCCUAGUCAAUUCAUUUUCCGAAGUGUUACCUACUUUUGGUGUUUACUUGCGUAAAGUUUGUGAAGAUGCACCUCACCUCAUCCACUUUGUCACGUACUACAAUAGUUUACGAGCAAUCAUCCCGAUAAUAGAUGUCGUUAUAGCUAGCUUACCGUGCAUGGAUGCUAUGUGUUGUUACUUAUCAGAUCCACAUAUCCUUCCUUCUUUAAUACACAUUGCUUGUGGUUGUCAAAAACAAAAGUCUGAACUACCUUUGGUUCGUGGAAUUUUGGCCGAUUUAAAUGUAUUAUAUAAAGAUAUCAUCAAAUCAAUCAGUUCAUGUUUAGAAACAAUGGAUGAUUCAAACAUAGCACCGUUAACUACAGGUGAAUUACAAUGGUUAGCAAACUUAGAAAGUGAUGAUCAAUUUGGAUUUCGUGAAGCGUUUGUAAAUUGUUGUUUAAAUGAUGGAGAUUCUGAAACUAAAGCUUGUCUUAUUUCUGUAUGUAAUCGGCUAAAGCUACCGAAAAUUUUGGAAUCAGUAACGACAGAUGGUUAAAUGUCAGAAUGAAAUGUUCUAAAACACACAUUCAGAGCUAAAAACGACGAGUGGGAAAUGAGGAAAAAUUUAACACCAACAGAUUUUAUGAGAUCAAAACAUCAGCCAAACUUAAUUUGCCUUUGUAGAUUUUCUAUUAUUUGAUUAAAAAAACUCGUAACACUAAUUGUUGCCUUGUUAGUAUUUAACGUCAAGUCAGAAAACAUCACUCAGCUACAACGCAGGACCAGGCACAUAUAUGCAUCGGUCCAAGUUGCCACACCUUACUCAUUAGCACAACAAGAUGAACACCGAAUUCAUAGAAGUAGUUAAUUCAAUGGUGGUAAUAUAUAAAAGAAUGAUUACAUAUAUGAACAUAGUACAGGAAGAAAGAAUUAUUUGGUAGAGAGAAAAAUAUAAAGAAAUAUUAAUCUCAUAGUUUAAUGGAAGACAGAGUGUAUACGCCUACGCAAUUGUGAUCGAUUCUGAGCCAUGUCACACACAGUCUCCAACUAUUGGUUACGAUAGUCGCGCUGACCCCAACCAAGUAGUCGGCAUCUACCAACAUGGCUCAGAUUAGAAGUUAGUGACUUUGUGGACUGAUACCACGUUUUGGUUUGGCCACCCCUAACUUUCUUCCAACCAUCCCCAACACUGGUCAGCAUUGUGCGUCGUGGUAAUUGGUGUUCAGGCAUACGUAACACGUGGUCCAACCGUCUCAGUCGAUGAAGAUUCACAACCUCAUCAAUUGACUUACCAUCAUUCCCUAGUGCACUGUGUCUAACCUCACCAUUACUUACCCUGUGAUCCCAGCAGAUGUGAGAAAUAUUUCUGAAACAUCUGUGGUCAAAUACUAGUAGCUUACGAGUAUCUUCUGCUCUUGAAGGCCAUGUUUCGCAGGUGUAAAAUAGAAGAAAACAAACUGCCACACAGUAUACUCGUCCCGUAGUUGAUAGAGGGAUAUUUCGCCUUCGCCAUAGGUUAUGUAAGUUGGAAAAGCCAAACGAACUUUCUGAAUCCGUGCUGAGAUUUCAUUCAGAAAAAAUAGAUAUAUACUUUGUACUUGCAACUAUGUAUAUAUGCGGUCAAGUAUUUCAGCCAUAUCCAUAAUGGUCUUUUGUGGAGGAUGGGGAAACUUUGUUAGUUAGAGAUAAUUAAGUGAACAUUUCUUACCGAU